ACUCUGUGCGAUAAUUUUUUCGAUUGCUCAGAAGAUAACUGAUAAAAUUUUACUUUUAUUAUUGUUACUUUCAUUGUAGUUUCAACUGACUAAUACUUAAUUGAGCUGAAACAGUAACAGUAAGCAUGCUAACUUGUAACUACGUAACUAUAACAAUAAAAUUUCAUAGCUAUAAAACAGUCUCUGAAGCUUGAGUCUGGCUAAAAGUGAUCCAAUGAUCAUUCUACUUCUUCUCUCAGUCUUAAUCUCCCUGACCCUCUCUGAUGACGUUCCCAAACCCACAGGAAUCUUCCAAUACUCUCAGAAAGUAGACCACUACAGUUACAGCCCUGAAGCUUCUCAAACCUUUUCUCAGCGUCUGUUUGAGUACAACAAGCACUGGGACUGUGGUCCUAACGGCACAGUUGGGCCACUUUUUGUUUACACUGGAAACGAGGGACCACUUGAAAGUUUCUAUUACAAUACAGGGUUCAUGUUUGAGAUAGCACCCGCUUUCGGGGCUCUUAUCCUCUUCGUUGAGCAUAGGUACUACGGAGAAUCUUUACCGUUUGGGUCUGAAUCGUUCAGCAAUGAUGGUCUGCGAUAUCUGUCUUCAACUCAAGCUACAGCUGAUUUUGCGGAAGUUAUCAACCAUUACAAGAAAUCAAAAAACAUAACUCAGGUAGUUUCGUUUGGUGGCAGUUACGGAGGAAUGCUGACUGCCUGGAUGAGGUUGAGGUACCCUCAGUUAGUGGAUGUGGCCUUAGCUGCUUCCGCUCCCCUGCCUAUGAUGGCUAGAACCGCCAAACCAAAACAGGCUUUCUUCGAGAUAGUUACAGAAGACUUCAAGGCCGCUGAUGAAAGGUGUCCGGAUAUCGUUCGAAAGGGAUUCUCUCAGCUCUACAAUAUUGUAAAGACACCAGGCUAUCAGGCCUCUGUAACUGAUACUUUCAAGCUAUGUAAGACGUUUGACGUGAGCCAAUUCAACCAUCUAGUUGGCUGGGCGAGGAAUGCUAUGCUGAUGAUGGCGAUGGUUGAUUAUCCCUACCCCGCUUCGUUUAUGGGAGAGUUACCUGCAUGGCCAGUGAAGCAUUCUUGUAAAAUGAUGCUCGAAGAAAUGGAAACGAGUGGAAACGAAAUGAGGGCUUUAGCAGUUGGUGCUGGGUUGUUGUAUAACGGAACUGAUGGCACUAAAUCAUGUUUUAACAUAUACGAAGACUUCAUCGAAUGUGCCGACAUAACAGGUUGUGGUACGGGACCCGAAGCGAAAGCGUGGGAUUUCCAGUGCUGUACUGAGUUCCAAUUAGCCACCCCAAGCACCAAUGUAACUGACAUGUUUCCCCCACUUGAGUGGAAUCUUGACAUAGCUAGCAAGUACUGUGAAGCUAACUACAAGGUAUCCCCUGACCCAGUUGAUGCUAGUCUUAACUACUGGUCUGCUGACUUCUCCGCUGCCAGCAACAUCAUAUUUUCUAACGGUCUACUCGAUCCUUGGCACGCUGGAGGAGUGCUAGAGGACGUGAACCCGACAGUGAAAGCGAUAAUUAUAGCCGAAGGAGCACAUCAUCUUGACCUGAGAGGUUCCAAUAAAGACGAUCCUAUGUCAGUAAUACUUGCAAGGAACCAGGAAGUAGCCCUUAUCGCGGAAUGGCUCGGCCAGAAGGCAACUGAUAAUUUUACCGAAGAUGAUUCAGCUAAUUUAGUUCACUUUUAGCUUCUUCAAUAUUUUUGAGUUGCAGUUGAUGAGUUGACGUGAGCCUAGCGUUUUGAACCGUAAUGACAUUUUAUUCAACGAGGGUUUUGAUUUGCAGUGGUGCUGGUGGGUUAAAUGUAAAAAAAAUGAAAAAUCGCUUAUCUGCACCAUCCUGUAUAAGUAUUGAUAGCCAGGAUUUUGAUUUUUAAAGAUUUGUCAAAUUUUUGCUGUAAGUGUGUAACCAUUGUCUCACCGGUUUUUUAGUAUUA